UUGUUACUAUGCAAUAUGCUGUGUUAUCAUAGGCAGUUGUGGGCUGUGUUGACCAAUUAUGGGGAAGUGUGCAUGGUCUGACAGUCACAGCAGCGAACGUGUGAUCAUGUGACGCAUACGUUUCAGACAAAAUCCUGGACACAACAAUAUAACGGCUCCAUAUCAUUGCGCUGCACGGUUCUGCUCCUCGCACGCCUUUGCUCUCGGUAUGGCGGACGGUGAGAGGUCCCCGUUACUAGCAGAUCUUGGAGAUGGUGCUCUUGUCGGCGGUAACGGCGGAGUGUCACCGGGCUCGGCUCCCUAUGGUUUACCAAAUAAACCUCAAAGCUUCCCUCCCUUCCCCAGCCCCACCCAGCCCUCAGUGCUCCGGGAGGACCCUCCUCCGUACUCCCCCCUCACCUCCCCAGAGAGUGGCAGCGCGCCAGUCAUCAGCUGUAGGGUGUGUCAGAGCCUCAUCAGCGUGGAGGGGAAGCUCCACCAGCAUGUGGUCAAGUGUGGGGUCUGCAACGAAGCUACGCCCAUCAAGAAUGCCCCAGCAGGGAAGAAGUAUGUCCGCUGUCCCUGUAACUGUCUGCUCAUCUGCAAAGUCACCUCUCAGAGGAUCGCCUGUCCCCGCCCCUACUGUAAGAGGAUAAUUAACCUGGGUCCAGUCCACCCUGGUCCAGCCAGCCCUGAACCCCAGCCGGCCGGAGCUCGCGUCUCCUGUGGACACUGCAACAACACUUUCCUGUGGACAGAGUUUACUGACAGGACACUUGCCAGGUGCCCACACUGCAGGAAAGUCUCCUCUAUUGGUCAGAGGUACCCUCGAAGGCGGAGCUUGUGGUGUAUUCUACUAUGCUUGCUUUUCAGCAUCUCCACUGCUGGGCUGGUGGCAGGUACGUGGGUGAAGGCCCAGGCCUACGGGGGUAUCUAUGCCUCCUGGGCCAUGCUGAUCCUGCUGGUACUCCUGACCCUGGGUCGGGCUCUAUACUGGGCCUGCAUGCCUGUUAGUGAGCCCCUACAGAACUUCACAUAGACACACACACACGCAGGCGUAGGGUGACGUUGCCCCUAGACGCUGAUCUUGGGUCAGUUUUGCAAUUUCCCCACUAAUGACUAAGGUCAGGAUUGUGGGAAGGGACGCUGAUCCUAGAUCUGUACCUCGGGUGAACUUCACCCUUGAGUAGGGCUGGGCGAUAUAUCGAAUGAAUUUGAUGUUUUUGCGCGUUAUUCCAAAUGCCUGUAUCGGAAGAAGUUAGUUUAUUUAUCGUUUUUCUGAGCGUUUGUCCGUUUGUUCUCAUGUUGUCUUGUCUCCUUCGCUCCGUCUGUGCUGUGCACCUUCCCAUUUAUACCAGAGAUGUGUCUAUAAUGACGACUGCGUAUGUCUCUGCUACAACAAUGGGAGUCGUUGUCCCAGAGGCGGGAAGGCAGCCGAUAAGCUUAGGUAAAAGAAACAUAGAAACGCAUUGGGCUUAUUUUGGUGAGCAAAACCUCUCGCUUCGCCUCUUCCUCUCUGUUUACACACACACACCAAGCCCCUCCCCCUGUCACACAACAACCUCUGACAAGCGGUUUCAACCUGAUAUUUGUGUUUUGGUCCAACAGAAUCGGUCAUAUGGACACUAAGAAACAUUGCAACAUUAUAUUACUGUAAGAGGAGAAGUUAUCCUUUUCAACCAUACCCUUUAUGUCAACUCCUCAAAUUACGCGCAGAGCAGACGCUACUAAAACGGGAGUAUCAAUGAACAUCUAUUCUAGAAAAUACAUGUUGCAUGCGGCAUUACAGUUAUACUAGCUGUCUAGCUUCUUAUAAAUGUGCAAUAAGCAAAAAGCACAAUUAUAUGAACUAGUUCUCUUUAUGAGACAUGGUUGGCCACUUGAUUUCCACAUCUGAACAAAGUGGACAGACUAGCAUUCAGUUCCAACAAUUGGAGACGGACAGAAACGUGUGUUCAUAACAAUUUUAAUUGUUUUGCUUUGUUAGAUAGCAAAUCCAAGUUGGCUAAACUUGAAAUCAUAAAGAUUAGUUGGCUACUCAGUAGCACGUGGGCUUGUGCUUUAGAGAUUGUUUGUGAGAGGUGUUUUAAUUUUCGAUAAUGCUCUGCUACAGGAAGUUGGUCAUUAUUAGGGAAUGUGUAUUAUACUUGGUCCUGGUUCCAUUUGUAAACAAGAAGGGCAUUUUCAUAGAUCGACUUGGAUGUCAGAUCAGUGAUUUAUUUCCAAAAAAAGCAGGUUAAACUGUUUUGAUAAAAUAAUUAAGUUGUUAGUGGGUCUGAUGAUUGUUGUAGGCUCAUAUUUAGCCUAGAUUUAAUUUUACGAGCCCUAAAUUAAUUACAUUAUUUCUGUCUGUUUGAAAUUUGGAGUAUUUGACCUUUCUUAAUUGUACAACAAAGCUUAUUUAGAGAACAUAAACAAUCUAGAGGUGUGUGUGUAUAUCGUAUAUCGUCCAUAAGAUGUGAUUUUUGAGCCUUAUCGCCCAGCCCUCCCCUGGAGUCUUUUAUUUAGUUAACUAAGAUCAAAACAAGAAGUUCCCCUCCUUCCCUUUAAUCUUUUGUCAUUGUGUUUCCAAACUGGA